AUGGGACUCUUGGUAUUUGUGCGUAAUCUGCUGCUAGCCCUCUGCCUCUUUCUGGUACUGGGAUUUCUGUAUUAUUCUGCGUGGAAGCUUCAUUUACUCCAGUGGGAGGAUGCCAGUAAGUACAACAGGAAAGGAUUUCUUUACACUCUUGACCUGGAAUUGCCUGCUGAGUUAGCCACUAAAUACGCAAACUUUUCAGAGGGAGCUUGUAAGCCCGGCUAUGCGUCAGCCUUGAUGACAGCUAUCUUCCCUCGGUUCUCGAAGCCAGCACCCAUGUUCCUGGAUGAUUCCUUCCGCAAGUGGGCUAGGAUCCGGGAGUUUGUGCCACCUUUUGGAAUCAAAGGUCAAGACAAUCUGAUCAAAGCCAUCUUGUCAGUCACCAAAGAGUACCGCCUGACCCCUGCCUUGGACAGCCUUAGCUGCCGCCGCUGCAUCAUCGUAGGCAACGGAGGUGUCCUUGCCAACAAAUCUCUGGGAUCACGGAUCGAUGACUAUGACAUUGUGGUCAGACUGAACUCAGCACCAGUGAAAGGCUUUGAGAAGGACGUGGGCAGGAAAACAACACUGCGCAUCACCUACCCCGAGGGCGCCAUGCAGCGGCCUGAGCAAUAUGAACGGGAUUCUCUCUUUGUUCUCGCUGGCUUCAAGUGGCAGGACUUCAAGUGGUUGAAGUACAUCGUCUACAAGGAGAGAGUGAGUGCAUCGGACGGCUUCUGGAAAUCUGUGGCCACUCGAGUGCCCAAGGAGCCCUCUGAGAUUCGCAUCCUCAACCCCUAUUUCAUCCAGGAGGCGGCCUUCACGCUCAUUGGACUGCCCUUCAACAAUGGCCUCAUGGGCCGGGGGAACAUCCCAACUCUCGGCAGUGUGGCAGUGACCAUGGCACUACACGGCUGUGAUGAAGUGGCAGUUGCAGGCUUCGGCUACGACAUGAGCACACCCAAUGCACCCCUGCACUACUAUGAGACUGUGCGCAUGGCAGCCAUCAAAGAGUCCUGGACACACAAUAUUCAGCGGGAGAAAGAGUUUCUACGGAAGUUGGUGAAAGCACGUGUCAUCACUGACCUAACCAGUGGCAUCUGA